AUGAAGAACUGCAGCGCCAGCGACACGGAUCCGUCCGCUUUCUACGUAAAUGAUACAAAAGGUUGGCCCAACUACGACGGCUAUGCGGAGUAUAAUUACAAUUAUGAGCAGAGCAAUGCAUCCAGCUAUGAGGAUUAUGGGAAAAGGAUCUGGAGCAAUACUGCGCCUAAUGAUUGCCACGCCCUGCAAUCGACAGGUAGCGUAACCACAUCCACGACUCCAACGCAGCCCAUCGCCACCGCACACAUCGCUCAGCGCAAGGAACGCACUGCGUUUACGAAAACCCAACUCAAGCAACUGGAGGCUGAAUUUUGCUACUCCAAUUACUUAACCCGGCUGCGUCGCUACGAAAUUGCCGUCGCUUUGGAGCUGACCGAGCGCCAGGUGAAGGUUUGGUUCCAAAAUCGUCGCAUGAAAUGCAAGCGUAUCAAGCUUGAGUUAUCCGGCUCCACAAAAGCGCAUUAGUUGAAAUUAAAAA